AUGGCGGGGAGUGCUGCAAAUAACACAAACAACACCCUAAAAAGCCUUCUAAAGCUAUUCACCCUCUUGGCUAUAGCAGGCGCUGCUAUUAGCUCACGCUUAUUUAGUGUAAUCAGGCAUGAGUCGAUUAUCCAUGAGUUUGAUCCGUGGUUCAAUUUCCGUGCCACUAAAGUACUCGUAAACCACGGCUUCAAACAUUUUUGGAACUGGUAUGAUAACACGUCGUGGUACCCCCUUGGCAGGGCAACAGGUGGCACCCUCUACCCAGGCCUAAUGCUCACUUCCGGUCUCAUCCACAACAUUCUUCACUCCAUAAACAUCCCCCUCGACAUAAGAAACAUCUGCGUCUUACUCGCCCCCGCUUUCUCUGCUCUUACUGCUUACACGACCUACCUUUUCACCAAAGAAGUUAAAGACGCUAGAGCUGGUCUGUUAGCUGCCAUUUUUAUCGCCAUCGUUCCCGGUUACAUAUCUAGAUCAGUUGCUGGAUCUUACGACAACGAAGCUAUCGCUAUCUUCCUCCUCAUGUUCACUUUUUACCUCUGGGUCAAGUCUCUUCGUCUUGGCAGUGCGUUCUGGGGUGCAAUCACUGCAAUGUCUUACUACUAUAUGGUAUCCGCAUGGGGUGGAUAUGCUUUCAUUAUCAACAUGAUCCCUCUUCACGCUUUCGUCUUGGUUUUGAUGGGCAGAUAUUCCCCUCGUCUCUACAUUUCCUACUGCUCUUUCUACACAAUCGGUACUCUAGCAUCGAUGCAAGUUCCGUUCGUUGGUUUCAAUCCUGUUGGAACGGCUGACCACAUGGCAGCAUUGGGUGUAUUUGGUUUGCUCCAGUUGAUUGCCUUCUCCACUCUCAUCCGUCAGCACCUCCCAUCAAAGCAGCAAUUCGACACCCUCUUGAGGUCUGUUUUGGUCUUAGGAUUUGUCGUUGGUGUCGCUGCUAUGGCCUUGGCAUCGCACAAGGGUGUUAUUGCUCCAUGGACUGGCAGAUUCUACUCUCUUUGGGAUACCGGUUAUGCAAAGGUACAUAUUCCAAUCGUUGCUUCCGUCUCCGAACACCAACCCACCUCCUGGCCAUCAUUCUUCUUUGAUCUGCAGAUGCUCAUUUACCUCUUCCCGGCCGGCGUCUUCUUCUGCUUCCAUCGUCUGUCCGAUAGUAUCAAGGGAGAGGCUAGCGUUUUUGUUAUCAUCUACGCUGUCUUUGGAAGUUACUUUGCUAGUGUUAUGGUGAGACUGAUGCUCACUCUCACUCCAAUCGUCUGUGUGGCUGCUGCUGUUGCCCUCUCUACACUCCUGGACAAUUACAUACAAGAUCCUGACGUUGAAGGGGAGCAUCAGGUGGAGAACAAGGAGACCGACCAUAACACUCAACACAACGUCUCGCAUAAUACCUCGCAAAAAGCCUUCACUCCAAAAAACAAAAAAACAAAGAAAGACACAUCCAUCUCAUCUACCAGGGAGAAGGUGAUAGAAAAAAUGCAAGAAAAGGCAGGCAUUAGAGCGCCUGAUGCACGCCUCGUUGUGUUGAUCAACGUGGUGCUCAUGUUGAUCUUCUUUGUCUUCCACUCAACAUGGGUGACUUCUAACGCUUACUCCUCACCAUCCGUGGUUCUAGCAUCAAAGACGCCACAAGGUGAAACGCUCUACAUCGAUGACUUCAGAGAAGCGUACAACUGGCUAAACCAGACAACGUCGGAAGAUGCCGUCGUUGGUAGUUGGUGGGAUUACGGUUAUCAAUUGGCUGGUAUGGCUGGCAGGACUACACUGGUUGAUAACAACACAUGGAACAACACGCAUAUUGCCACUGUAGGAAAGAUAAUGGCGUCGCCUGAAGAAGUGAGCUAUGACAUACUGCGCAAACACGACGUCACACAUCUGCUCGUUGUGUUUGGUGGGUUGCUGGGGUACUCUGGCGAUGACAUCAACAAGUUCCUCUGGAUGGUUAGGAUCUCAGAGGGUGUCUGGCCAGAUGAAAUUCACGAGCGUGAUUACUUUACACCUAGAGGCGAGUUCAGGAUGGAUGAAGGUGCAGCACCUGCAAUGAAGAACAGCGUGCUCUACAAGAUGGUUUAUCACAGAUUCGCUGAAUUGUUCGGUUCAAGACCUGCGGUUGACCGAGUGAGACAAAUUCAGCUGCCUAAAAAGGGCCCACAGCUUGAAUCCCUCGAAGAAGCUUUCACUUCAGAGAACUGGCUGGUGAGAAUCUAUCAAGUCAAGCAGCCAGAUUUCCUUGGAAGAUCAUUCAAAGACGCCAUUGCAUUUGAAAAGGCAGCGCGUAUUUGA